CCAACUCUCUCAUCCAUCCAUCCAUCCAUCCUUGCAAUUAAUCAAUACCAUUAGAGCAGUAAUUAAGCAAGGCUGUGAUCGAUGGAGCAAAUUGAAAUAGCCCAGCAGCGCCAUAGCGACAGUCGCAGAGCCAUGAUCCUCGGCAUUGGCACUGCAAAUCCGCCCAACUACGUUUAUCAGGCCGACUAUCCCGACUUCUAUUUUAGGGUCACUAAGAACGAGCACUUGCCUGAUCUCAAAGAGAAGAUGAAGCGCAUCUGUGAAAAGACAUGCAUCAAAAAGCGUCACAUGUAUCUCACCGAAGAAAUGCUUGAGGGGAUGCCUAACUUGUGCGCCUGUUUGGCUCCAUCUAUGGAUACUCGUCAAGAGAUCCUAGUCGAGGAAAUUCCAAAGCUAGCCAAAGAAGCCGCACUCAAGGCAAUCAAUGAUUGGGGGCAACCGCUUUCCAAGAUUACUCACGUAGUGUUUGGCACCACCUCUGGUCUCGAUAUGCCUGGUGCCGAUUUGCGUCUUGUGGAGCUCCUUAACCUUGACCAUUCUGUGCAACGAUACAUGCUCUGCCACCAAGCUUGUGCCGGUGGGGGUUGCAUCCUUCGCCUAGCCAAAGACAUCGCUGAGAAUAACCCCGGUGCAAGGGUCCUUGCCGUUUGCUCCGAGCUCACCGUUUGCAUCUUUAGUGGCACUUGUCAUACCCAUUCUGAUUUGCUUGUCAGCCAAGCACUAUUUGGCGAUGGGGCAUCGGCUUUGAUUGUCGGAUCUAAUCCCGAUAGAUCAAUGGAAUGUCCCAUUUUUGAAGUUGUGGGAGCAUUUCAGCAUACCAUUCCCAACUCAAGGGAAGCAGUUGAAAUCCACUCUCGCGAAGCUGGCCUCAUUGUUAACUUAGCCAAGACCUUGCCUGGCCAUGUAUCAAACAACAUCGAAAAGUGUUUGGUUGAUGCUUUCACUCCGCAUGGAAUCAAUGACUGGAAUUCACUUUUCUGGGUGGCCCAUCCCGGUGGUCGGGCAGUUCUAGAUCUGAUUGAAUCAAAACUCAAUUUGAAGAAAGAGAAGCUCUUGGCUAGUCGACAUGUGCUGAGCGAGUAUGGAAACAUGGCAAGUGCUUGCGUGUUCUUCGUUCUAGAUGAGAUGAGAAAGCGGUCGCUUAAGGAAGAAAAAACUACCACCGGAGAAGGAUGUGAAUAUGGGGUAUUAUGUGGAUUUGGACCAGGAUUGACUGUAGAGACGAUCGCUUUGCGCAGCGUUCCCAUCGGAUCCCUCAACUAGCUAGGUGUGGUUAUAUCCAUUAGUAUUUAUAUAUGAUCAAAUAAAGUAAAGUUGUAAUCUUUUAUUCAUUAUGUAACACUGAAAUAAGCCUAACUUUAAUUGCGGCUUUCCAUGAGCGACCUGCCUACUACUUUUUUCAAUAGAGAAAGAUAUCCUCUUUAUAUCAA